CUUCGCCUCUCCCCAUUCCCCCCUCCGAGACCCUAACUAUGUCGUACCCCAAUCGGUCGGCUCAAAAUGCACAAGCACAGGUAGGUACCAUAAUUCUCCAUUCUGCUCUGUACUAACUGUCUAGCGCGCCCAUGACUUCAACCAGCUCUUUGCCCAGAUCACCGCGGCGGAGGUCAAAGAGAUCGGCAACUACCGCAUCAACCGUCUCAUCGGUGAAGGGAGCUUUGGAAAGGUCUAUCUAGCGACGCACAAGCUCCUCCACGUGAAGGUGGUGCUCAAGUCAGGGUCGAAGGACGACCCCACCGUCGCGCGCGAGGUGUUCUUCCAGCGUGAAUUGAGCCACCGGCAUAUCGUGCGGUUGUACGAGUCUAUUGUAACUGAGUCGCUGGUCUGGAUGGUCAUGGAGUACUGCCCCGGUGGCGAGCUCUUUGACUUGGUUUACAGCCGCAGUCUCGACCUCCUGGAGUCGGCGCGGCUUUUCGCCCAGAUCUGUACCGGUGUCGCGUAUGUCCACGCCCAGAGCUUGAGCCACCGCGACUUGAAGCUAGAGAACAUUCUCCUUACGCGCGAGCACGAUGUAAAGCUUUCAGACUUUGGGUUUGUGCGUGAGUACCAGCCCAAAGCGCUUUUGAAGACUAUCUGUGGCACAGACGUGUAUAUGGCACCAGAGUUACUCCGCGAUGAGCGGUACUCCGGGUUUGCUGUGGAUAUCUGGAGCUUGGGCGUUGUUUUAUACACGUUGGUGUACGGCCACGCGCCGUUUGAGGACGAUGCAUCGCGGCAAGCACGCACUAAGAUCUUGCACGACGAGCCCGACUAUGACGACUCCGUUCCCGAGGGGGUCAACAGUUUGCUAGCGCGGCUUUUGAAUAAGGACGCUAAGAAGCGGCCUACUAUCCAAGAAAUAGCGGCCGAUCCGUUUGUUAACGCAACGUUGGGCCUGGAGCCCUCUCUUCCGUUCCAGUCGCGUGCGGAGCGCCACUUGCUCAAAAAGCUAAAGGCGGCGCACAUGGACACCACAAGAUUGGUCAAUUCCGUCACCCACAACAAGUGCGACCAGUUCGCGGGCUUCUGGUUCCUCUCUCUUGAGAAGGACCACAAGCGACGGAACAAGAGCCGCAAGACCAAAGGACGAGGGUUGUUGAGUGGGGGGAACAGCCGACGGGUCAGUGCGUUGAUGGAGAACCAAUCGCUUGAAAGAAUCAUGAGUGCGUUCAGCCUGCAAAGCCGCAGUCGCAGAGCCAGUGCUGACAUGGGCCGAGGCGAUAUAAAGCCACUUCUGAGGCGACCUUCAUUCAAUGCCGAAGCAUUGAGCAAAAUUGAGGGCACUCCCCGUAUCAACCGUCCCCCUGUAAUUGAGCCCACCAUAGAGAGCAUCGAUUUGCGGCGGAAGCAAAUCACGUUUUCGGAGAAAAGGGAACACUGGAGGGAGGCGGAAACCGAGAAGAAAUUGUAUCGUAAGGACACAAAUGAGUCAGUUAGUACGGAAAAGAAGAAGAAACCUUCGCUCUUCAACAAACUUUCCAUGCGGUUCUGGAUCGAUAAGGUUAAGAAGUCCGAGCCCCAUGAGGAGUCCUCGGAGACCACGGCUGAGGAUUCCUUAUGCACGUUGAACGACUCGGUCGAAGACCGCAAAGUCUCGCCCGCCUCCAGCCACAAGUCUCGCAAGAAGAGUGACCCGUCGGUGGCAACGCAAGGGCCACUGGUGGCAACGCUUUUGAGUGCGCCGGUACUAACCCCCACGGUGCUAACCCCCACAUCUGAGUUUGUAUCCAGUGAUUCAGAUGAAUGCACAAGACGGCGGAGCACGCUCCUGAAUCAAGGCUCCCCGCAAGCGGUGCAAACGCGCAGACCUGUUUCGAUGGCUUCCAUGACGUCUCAGGUCACGUCUUUCUCCGAAACCUCGGACUACGGGUCGUCGGUGAACAUAGAAGGACAGCAGAGCCGGCCGCAUUUCUUACGAACCCAGUCUGACCUCUCCAUUUCUACCUCGUUGAGUAAUUAUGCCAAUUUGAACUCUGUUACACCGCUCAAGCUGCAACGAGCGUCCCUUUCACUUAUUUCGAAUUCGUCGAACAACUCCGAGACCUCGUCCUUGAUAUCUUCGUCUAACAACAAUAGCAGGCCCCAUUCGCCUGAUACAUUCAAGAAGUUCACCGUCCCGUCGCCCGCCGGCCACAAGCGGCGCAACAAUAUAUACAACGAGUCGCUUCCAAGGCAGCUUCAGCAGAAGUUACACCUCAGCUCCAAGCACCUGAGCUCCAAGCGGUCCCGCAAGCGCUCAGUGGAGCCGGGACCAGCAAAGAAGAACUUGAUUAUUAGCGAGGAAGCUGAGAGUGAUUUAGAGGAUUAGAGAGGAAUCCGACGCUUGAAAGGCAACCUUUGUAGAAUAUAAAGGGAUAAUGCUGAAUACGCAAAUUUUCCCACCCUACUUGUGUACGCGUUGAUACAUGGUCAUGUCAUAAAUGCAAGUUGCCUCUAGAUCUUAAUGACUCACUACAGAAUUUCAGAAUUGACCCGACAUGAUAGUAAAAGAA